CCGAAUGGGCGCGCGCCAACUCAGCCGUGAGCAGAGGGAGAGGAAAGAAGGGAGAGGGAGGGGGAAGGAGGGAGGGAAGGAGGGAGGAGAACGAAGGAACAGGGCGGAGGAAGAUCGCAAAACAUCAUGGAAAAAGGGGAUCCAGGAACUCGGAACGCAAAGCAUAUCCCGCGCACGAGCUGCAAUGCACGAGCCGCACUUUCGCAACCCACCGGGCUGCAUAUCGCUGCCACAGCCGUAUCGAUUCUCCCGAAUUCGGGAUGCGCUGCACGGAGUGAACACGCCCGGUUCCCUUGGGAGUGACGUCGCAUAUACCAAUUCGGAUCCCCCUCUGGGUGCAUUCAACCUCCGAUAGCCACCGUCUUCCUACGGAUGGGCGCAGCGAUCGACUCUUCCGAAACCGACAAGUUCGGUCAUGUUCCCUCCCCGACGUGGCCGGCGAUUGAUGCUAUAUGUUCAGCAUCCAAACCUUCGGCUGAUACCAGCGGUUAGGACUGUCUUGUGGGCGAUCCUGCGAUGUCGCACGUAAGCGCAUGGGCGGUAUUGGGUGGCACCACCCCUCGUACUCACCCUCUUUGAACUGGCAGGACUGGACCCGCCCCAAGCGGCUUGCCUGUCUGCGGGUGCUUCCCUGCAAGGAUGCGAUGCCGUCUCUUCCUCCUCGCGCCGUCCUCGCUGAACUUGCCCUUCUUCUCGAGCGACCCAGUGCACGCUGCACCAAGCCCCAGCCUUCUCGUCGCCGAAUGCGCCCCGCACGCGGCACAGGCAACGCAUGGCCCGUGCACCUCACCUCACGCGGUGCUCUCGUACUCCUGGUCGCUGAGAUUCGCCUGCCGCGCGCCGUUCACCACCUGCUCCUUCUCAUGCUGUAGACACAGCCGCUCCCGCUGCUAUAGCCACACACGUUCCCAAAGACCCCGAAGCACCUGUCCGUCUCGCCCCCGUUGAUCGCCACGGUGGUAGACUGCAUUCAGUUUCCCACAGUUGCUUGCGCAUACAUGUCGAGGCUGCUCGCUUGCCACAAGUUCGGUUGUAUGACCUUCCUCUUCGGCUUGUCUGGCUCUCUCUUCGGUACGUAUGACCACUCGCCUUUCAUCUUCUGGUACCACCAGCCAAUGCUCCGCACGGCUCGCCUCACCUUCGUCGCCAGUUCCUGGAUGGCCUGCUGCUUCCCGAAGUUUGAAUCCUGCUCCGCGCCCUCCUUGGCCAGCAACUUGGCCAGCAAGUCCACAGCUGCGAUGCAUUUGGCAAUAUUGAGCUCUUCGCCUUGCAAGUGCGAGAUCUUCGCCUUUCACCUGUGCGCCUUGACGUGCGUAACCGACUCGAUGUCCAGGUCCAGGUCCGUAGCCUUGUGCCAGAUGCGCCUCCACAAGUCCGCACGCGGCCGAUGCCCUUGUGGUCCGUGUGGAUGUGGCACGGCGGCAUGACAUUCUCCAGCACCUCACAGAAGGCCCACAUCUCCGCACUCUUAACCUUGCGGUGAACGGGGAGCUUGCUCGGCAAUCGGCCCCACAGCGACAAGGGGCCCCCAGGAGGCCCAAGAGGCCCCCUGGAGGCUCCCAAGAGUCCCGAAGAGGCUCCCAGGAGGCCCCAAGAGCCCCCCAAGAAGCCCCCAAAAGGCUCCCAAGAGGCCGAAAA